AUGUCUGACACCUUGCCUUUCCACCCGACCAUCCAACGCUGGUUUGCUGAUCAAUAUCCCGCACCCACUGAAGUGCAACAAGCCAGCUGGCCGCUGCUGGCCAGCGGUCAGCACGCCCUCAUUACAGCGCCCACCGGCAGCGGCAAAACCCUCACCGCCUUUUUGUGGUCGCUGAGUCAGUACGCCUCAGGUAACUACCACACCGGGCAAACCAAGGUGUUGUAUAUCUCGCCUUUGAAAGCCCUGAACAAUGAUAUCCAGCGCAACCUCACCACGCCGCUGGCGCAGUUGACAUCUGCUUACGGCUUCCCGCAGUUGAAGGUACAAACCCGCUCAGGAGACACCCCCCAGAGUGAGCGACAACGCAUGCUGCGAACGCCGCCGGACAUACUCAUCACCACGCCGGAAAGUCUUGGCCUGUUGCUGACCACACGCAAAGGUCAGAUUGCGCUGAGUCAGGUUCAGACCGUCAUCCUUGAUGAGAUUCACGCCCUGGUCGAUAACCGUCGCGGCGCAUCUUUGAUGGUCAACAUCGAGCGUCUGGCAGAUUUUGCCGGAGAAUUUCAACGCAUCGCAUUGUCAGCCACCGUGUCACCACUGGAGGCAGUGGCGGAGUAUGUUGCGGGCCAUACCCCCCAGGGACAACUUCGACAGGUGCAGGUCGUCAACACACCCGGCGCAAAGAAAAUCGAUUUCCGCAUUACCUUUCCUCCGGACGCCAAGCAGGCAGCCGAAAACGGCGAGAAGAUCUGGGAACCUUUAUCAAAGAGUUUCAAGGCAACCAUUGCGGACAACACCUCCACCCUGUUCUUCACCAACAGCCGCCGCCUGGCAGAAAAAAUAACCCUAAAAAUCAAUGAAGAAGAACCAGAACCUCUUGCCUAUGCACACCAUGGCUCGCUGGCCAGAGAGGUGCGCACUGAAGUCGAACGACGCCUUAAAGCCGGCGAGCUGAAAGCCAUCGUAGCGACUAAUUCUCUGGAAAUGGGUAUCGAUAUCGGCGCCCUGGACGAAGUGGUUCUGGUGCAAUGUCCGCCAUCGGUUUCAGCCUGCCUGCAACGCAUCGGCCGAGCCGGUCAUCAGGUGGGCGAAGUCAGCACAGGCACUUUGUUUCCUACCCACGCCCACGAUUUCCUGGAAGCCGCGGUGCUGGCCCAGGCGAUUGCGGCCCGCGACAUUGAACCCCAGCAGAUGAUGCGGGGGCCGCUGGAUGUUCUUGCACAGUUAGUCAUUUCGAUCUGCGCGAACGAGCCAUGGCCUGUGGACCAGAUCUACCGGCUGAUCACCCGCGCCGCGCCCUAUCAUCAUCUGCAACGUGAACAAUUUGACCAGCUGAUUGAAAUGCUCGCCGGGCGCUACAGUGGCAGCCGUAUCCGGGAGCUGCGCACGCGGCUGGAUUUUGAUCGCAUACAGCAGACCGUAAAAGCCAAUCGCGGCGCGGUGCUGGCCAUGUACAACUCAGGCGGCACCAUCCCGGACCGUGGCUAUUAUCAGUUACGACACGCUGACCAUGGCGCAGUGCUUGGCGAGCUGGACGAAGAAUUUGUCUGGGAGGCUAGCGUUGGUCAGACCUUUACCCUGGGUACCGCUGCCUGGCAGAUCAAGCAGAUCACGCACAACGAUGUGCUGGUCCGUCCGGCGCCACCGGAUCGGGCUGCACCGCCCUUCUGGCGGAGCGAGUUUUUUAACCGAUCGCUGCAUUUUUCAAAUCGAAUUACGCAAUACCUGGAACACGUUGAAGACCGGUUAGGCAAUAACGACAGCCAGGGGUUGCUUGAUGAUCUCACUGAAACUGACGGCUUUGAUGAUAUCGCGGCGGCAGAGCUUGUCGAUUACCUGCAACGCCAGCGCGCCCAUACCCGGAGCGAAUUACCCCACCGACAUCAUUUACUGGUGGAACUGGUGCGCACGGGACCCGCGGGUUACCACGGCCCGAAUGAUCCCCGGCAGGUGGUGCUGCACACCUUCUGGGGAGGCCGUUUGAACCAGCCAUGGGCAAUGGCCAUUCAAGCCGCCUGGCAGGCGCGCUUUGGCAGCAAACUCGAGAUACACGCAGAUAACGAUGCCAUUGUGGCGCAAAUUGAGGGAGAGCUGGACCCGCACGUUCUGCUAACACUCGUUACGCCAGCCAACUUUUCUGCGUUAUUUCGGGGCAGCCUUGAACUGUCGGGUUUCUUUGGCGCACGCUUCCGGGAAUGCGCCGGACGCGCACUGUUACUGACCAAAGCAAAGUUUAAUCAACGCCUGCCUUUGUGGAUGAGCCGUCUGCAGGCAAAAAAACUGAUGACCCAGGUCAAAAGCCUGGAAAAUUUUCCGAUCAUGAUCGAAACCUGGCGCACCUGUCUGGAUGAUGAGUUUGAUAUUCCCGCUUUACUGGCACGCCUGCAGGAACUGGAAAGCGGCGAGAUCCACUGGAGCUUUGUCGAAACCACCAGCCCCAGCCCGUUCGCCCGUAACCUGACCUUCGGCCAGGUCAGCCGCUACAUGUACGCGGAUGACACCCCGGAAGAUGAUGAACUGAGCAGCUUGAGCGCAGACGUCAUCAGUCAGGCUUUACACAAUGACGCGCUGCGGCCGCGGAUUGAACGUGAGGUCAUUCAACAAUUCGAAGCCAAGCGUCAGCGACGCUUCCCAGGUUACGAACCCAGCCAUCCAGAUGACUGGUCAGCAUGGCUGAAAGAAAGAAUCCUGAUUCCAAUCAACGAACUGCCAGAAACCCUCCCACCAAUGGAUUAUCUACGCUGGAUAGAGGUCGGCAAGCGACGCUGGGCCACCCACGCAGAACUCGAGCAGGGUUUGUAUACCUGCGGUCUGGUGCCAGGUGAGGCGCCUGAAAACAGUUUUGCUAUCAGCGAGUUACGCACGGAUGUAGAGAUUGCUCGCGAAAUACUGUCGUUCUAUGGCCCGCUGUCGGAAACGGACAUUUCUCAACGUCUGCCUUCAAUCCCGGAAGGCCUGUUCAACGUUGAUGAAACGUUCAUUCAGGGUCUGCUGAUCGCCGGUGAUGACACAAGCUACUGGUGUGAUGCACAGAACUUUGAAUCGCUGAUGCGCUUCGCGCGCGCCGCGCAGCGCACUGAAUUUGCAGCACUGCCGGUAACUCACCUGCCGGGGUUCUGGGCCAGCUUUCAACAGUUUGGUCGACGUUCUGAACCGCAGUCGCUGCUGUCUGUUCUGGAAAGGUUGCGCGCGCUGCCCUGCACAGUUUCAACCUGGUGGUAUGACCUGUUACCCGCCCGUCUGUCCGGCAUGCAGGCCAGCGUCUGGGAUACUGAAAUUCCAGACUAUGGGUUUACCUGGGUCGGCGCAGGCAAAGAACAGAUAGCCGUUGGCUUCCCCGAAGACCUUGAAUUACUCAGUGACAGUCAAGCCAGAGCCGAUUUUGCAGACAGCUUUGUCGACCCUAGCGCGGGGUACCGUUUCGAAGACCUGGCGCAACAACAGUCAAUCAGCCGCAAUGCCUUUAAUAACCAGUGGUGGCAGGCCGUCUGGCAAGGCGGGUUACACAGUGAUACGUUUGCUUCCAUACGGAUCGGGUUAGAGCGCAAAUUCACCUUGCAGGCCCCACCGGCACAAAUCUCAAGCCGGCGUCGAAUGCGCAUGUCCGCACCUGGCUGGCCAGGCAACUGGCUGCUACCGCGCAGCAAAUCACCGCUGGAUGCGUUAAGUCGUUUGGAAGCGGACAAAGAAAUUGUUCGCCUGCUGCUGGACCGAUAUGGCUGGGUCAACCGGGAAAUUGUCAAUCGUGAACGUUUGCCUUACGGUGCAGAAGGCAAAACUCUGCGUUGGCGCAAUGCCUUCCGCGCAUUACGCGUAAUGGAACUGUCAGGCGAAGUGCUGACUGGACACUUCUUUGAACAACUCUCUGGCCCACAAUUCAUUACUGCCAGCGCAUAUGCACAGCUGCAAAACCCAGCCGCCCCCGACAGCUGGUGGCUCGCAGCCAAUGACCCGGCGUCACCCUGUGGCCUGGGGCUGGACUGGCCGGAGCUACCGCAACGGCGGGCAAAUAAUUAUCUGAGUUUCGCCGCGAAUAAAUUAAGCGCGGUGAUCAUCAAUGGUGGCAAACAGAUUCAGUACUACAUUCCUGCAGAUGAUCAAUCACUACCUGUGGUUAACGCAGUGCUGGCACAUCUGGUCAACUAUCGCCGUCUGCACGUACAGAUUGAAAGUAUCAACCAGGUACCCGCACGCAGCAGCCCGUACCUGAGCGCUCUGCAAAGCCAGUUUGAGGUGGCUUCAGAUCACAAAAGUGCGAGAGUCUGGGCGAAUCUGUGUGAGUCACAGGGCUGGCAGGUGGUCCAACUGCGCCUUGAUGAACUGACAGACAACCUGAUCAGCGUAGACUUCAUCAUCUUCGACCAGUUGCACGCGUUGAGCGCUGUGAGUCGUUACCUGACACAGCACCGGCAGAGCAACGCAAUCUAUCUGAGUGUCAGCGGCACUGAUAUCGGUUUGCCGGACCGCUGCAGCGUGCUGCUUGAGACAGAUGUUGAAACCCAUCUCAUCACACACCUGACGACCAUAGCUAACGUCGCUCAAUUUGAAGCUCAGUUUUUUCGUUCAGAGACCGUAGAGCCGAUUACUCAACUACCCCGCCACAGUGAACUGCUGCACAGUGUCCGGCGCUAUGUCGGACAGGCCUGUGGAUUGAUUGUGCUUGAGAUUGAUCACGCUGAACACCUAUACGAAAACCUCGACCCGGUAAGCAAAACAGAUCUGUUAGGCGCGAUUGGACUGCACAUCUCAAACCAGUUGCCCGACGAUGCCCACCCGGGCAUUUUCAACGCCGCGUGUUUUGUAGCCUGGUGUCCACAGCUCACCGGUGCAGCUCUGGAACAGGCCAGCCAGCGACUGCUGGUCGCCUGCCGGAACACCAUCACUAUCCGUGGCGGCGAACUCCACUUCACCAUCAGUUGUGGCUAUGCCGACACCCAGGCAUUAACGGCUCCGGAACAGCUAUGGCAGGCCGCCUGGUCCGCCAAAGAAACCAGCAAACAGAACGGCGGCAACCGCAACACCGGGCCACUGGCUACCGAAAAACUGAGCCAGCUUAUUCCGAAAGCUCUGAAUCGCAACGAAUUCAGCCUGGCAUUGCAGCCGCAAUGGGAUAUCAGGGGUGUGAAUAUCACCGGCGCCGAGGUGCUGCUGCGCUGGCAGGGGUUGGAUGUUGGCAACAUUACGCCGGAUCAAUUUAUUCCUCUGGCUGAGCGCCGCGGUGAAAUCAACCGAAUGGGUGACUGGGUACUCAAACAGACCUGCCAGAAUGUCUGGCAAUGGAACGAUUCAACAAACAAAAAGCUGUUGAUCGGCAUUAAUGUAUCUCCCCAGCAAUUCAACAAAGGGGCUAUCGCCACACUUCUGGAAGCCCUUAUAAAUAACAAUGAUAUCGACCCCAGCCAACUGGAGCUGGAGCUCAGUCACGAAAACCUGCUGCACGUUGUUGACCAAUAUCGACGGACACUGUUUCACCUGCGCGAUCUGGGCGUAAGGGUUGCCAUCGACAACCUGGGGGUCGGCGUUGUUGAUGCCAAGAAGCUGCUGCGCUGCCCAGCAGAUACCUUAAAAAUAGACCGCACGCUGCUUUCGACGAUCGAACGGGAAGAUAGCGUUCGAACACUUGUUGCGCAAAUCUGUCAGGUAGCGGAGCGUUUUGAAUUGCGCUGUGUUGCGGUGGGUAUCGAAACCGAAUCCCAGCGCACCCUGCUGGAAAAUAUCGGCUGCAGCGACGCGCAGGGCUUCCUGUUUUCAGCGCCGGUGGCACUUAACAAUUUCAAUACCUACCUGGCUGAACACACAACUGUAAAAAAUCCCGCGCAGAAGUUUUCCGCCAGGCCGCGGCUCAUGCACAUCUACAGCCACCCUAUCUGCCUCGAGCACCGGGUACCCAACGGUCAUCCGGAGAAACCGGAAAGGCUGCAACGUGUAUUGCAGCACCUGGACAGCUGCGGCAUCAGUCAGCAGUUUCCGAUACUUGAGGCACCCAGUGUGCUGGAAGAGGAUAUCCUGCGCGCCCACCCUGCCGCUCACCUGGCGUUUAUUCAUGCUAGCGUUCCGACUGAUGAUGUUGCGUUAACGCCGGUAGAUCCGGACACCUGGAUGGGUACCCGCAGUGAACAGGCAGCCCGAGUAGCCGCCGGCGCAGUGGUCACGGGCGUUGGCGACCUUAUCGCUGGCAGAACAAAGCGUGUGUUCUGCGCCGUCAGGCCACCUGGACACCAUGCCGAGAUCAAUGCGGCGAUGGGCUUCUGCCUGUUCAACAGUGUCGCCAUAGGUGCUUUGCACGCUCUGGCCCAGAACAGUAUUGAUCGGGUUGCGAUUCUGGAUUUCGACGUUCAUCACGGCAACGGCACCGUUGAUAUAUUCAAGGACAAUGCAGAUGUGCUGGUGUGUUCCAGCUUCCAGCAUCCUCACUACCCCAACCGUGGUUAUGAUGUUUAUCGCCAGAACAUCAUCAACACACCGAUGGCCGCAGCCAGCGGCGGCAACGUAUUCAGAGCAUUGGUUGAACGGGAUUGGCUACCGGCACUUGAGCGCCACAAACCAGAUCUGAUUUUAGUUUCGGCAGGCUUUGACGCCCACAAAGAGGAUCCGUUGGCAGAUAUCAAUCUGCUCGAGGAAGAUUACGCCUGGAUAACAAAACUUAUCGUCGAUGCGGCCAAUCAGUACUGUAGUGGACGCGUACUGGCAACUUUAGAGGGUGGCUAUAACCUCGACGCUUUGAGUCGCAGCGUCGAGGCACACCUUAAUGUGUUAAGUCAGGACAUACCUGGCUAG